AGUACACUAUAAGUACAUGUUAGUACACGUACUGUAAAAUAAAGUGCAACCAAUAUUUCUAUUGGAGUUCCACCAUUACUGGCUGUAAAUCAGUGUGAUGUCACUGUUAGCCAAACAAUGUAUGUUUCAUUAUAAUGUCAUCCUUCUUUCUGACUUGAGCUGAGAGUUGUGAGUCAGCUGCUUCAUCUGAAUUACACUUGUCACUGAUGACAGAGUCACAACGAACGCAGACAUGUAUAAACCGAGUUAUGAGUCUGUUAAAGUAGUUAUGAAAAUAAACAUAAAGAAUUGUGCAUGGCUAACUGUAAAAUGAGUUCAUUCUAUUUUGCUUUUAACCUACUCACUAACUGUGAAAUAUCAAUAUCUUUCUUCUGAGUUUGGCUAUGUCUUUGCCAAAGUAAUGCAAAAUCAGACCAUAAAAUAAAGACUUUUUAAUGGUACUAAAACCACUGAUUAUUAAUCAGCAUAUGAAAACAAAAUGUGCUAUCUUGCAGUUUAGGUUAGCCUAUUCUCAUUUUGGUUAAACUGUAUAGUUUAGAUUCAACAUCUCAUAACAGGUUAACCAGCAGAUGUUCUUCCAAACAAGCUUAGUGCCACUUUUACUGAUAAAACCCUGAGUUAUUCUGUCUGAACAGAGCCAGCUUACUGUGUCCGUGUGGACAGAGGUUUCAUUGUCCCGUCUCUGGAGGAAGCGGUUCAUUCAGGCUGCUGUCCUGCGCUGUACAGUCUGGUGCAUGGCACUGCAGCGCUGCUGAUGUCAUACGCACCCCUGAGGAUGCUGAAGUGCUGAGGAACAUGACCAGAAUUAGAUCAUGCUUAUGUCUCUGUUCACUAAGUGCGCUGACUCAAGAACUUUUUUGUUCUUUCAUCAUAUUAGCUCAUCUGUGGAGUGUACAGUAAGACCGUACUGGCAUAUUGUACUUUAUUUGUCCCUGGAUGCCUGAGCCGAUGUGGGCUGGGAAUGUGUUUCAGUGGUUGAGAUCCUGUUUCCACCCACAUCUUCUCUCCUGAGUCAAGCUCUGCCCUCUGGGACGCUGUUGUGACAUGCAGUUCAUUCAACUUUUUUUUCUGUUUUUGACCAUGAUAAUUUAUGUUGACUAAGUUUAAAGCUUGGUUAUAGUUAAAGUGGAUAUUUAAAGUACACAAAAAGAGCACCAAUUUAUUAAAGCUGAUUUAAAUCUCUUUUAGAUGCAGUCACGAGUCGCAUGACCGCAUUUGAAUUUUUGCUGAGAAACAAACAUUUCAUUCAUUACGAGUUAGCUUAGUUUUUCAGGACCAAACAAUGAGACCCACACAUUGAUGUCAUAAUCAGAAAGAAUGCUAAACAUCUUUCAAAUGGGUUUGGCUAUUUGAGGCCUAUGUAAAUAUGAAACGAUAAUUAAAAGAAGAUCAGAUAUUAAAAUAAGGACUUAUAUACUUGAAUCACAAUUUACAGUAAAUCCUAUGUUAUUAUAACUAAAAUAUAUUUUGCUGUCUUUGGACACCGUCCAUAAGUAUACUGAGAGAGAGAGAGAGAGAGAGAGAGAGAGAGAGAGAGAGAGAGAUGGAUGGAUGGAUGGAGGGGGUGGGUGCGUCAUUCAUGGUUCAUGGGACAAUGAAGAGGGGUGUUAGUUGGAGAGGUAUACAUUACAGAAGACAUCUGCUUGGAUUGACAUUGUUUUGGACCUAUCUGAAUGCAACAAAUAGCUACAUUUUAAAUUGGAAUGACAUUUUUGGAAAGUGGGGCAAUGAUGACAGAUUAAUAUUAGCAUAAUGAGGAAACAAACUGCAGGGCUGAUAUAAAAGGUCACAAUAAGGUACACAGCAGAGAUGCGAGCUCUGAAGUGUUGGAGGAUUCCUGCCAUACUUACUAUCCUACAGCAAACAUGGAUUUUAGCCAUGGAAAUUCCUCCUGAUGUCAGGCAGCCUCCAAUGAUUUUUAAAGAAAGUCCUCAAGACUACAUAGUAGAUCCAGUUGACCCUAUUAUUGUGGAGUGUGAAGCGACAGGGAAUCCACCUCCAGUCUUCACAUGGACACGUAAUGGAGUGUACCUGAAUGUGGCUCGAGAUCCUCAGGUCAGCAUGAAGUGGCGUUCUGGCACAUUACAGAUUUUCUUCUGGGGUCGUCCUGAUGACUAUGAGGGUGUCUAUCAGUGCACGGCGACUAAUGAGUUUGGCUCAGCUCUGUCCAGUUACAUCAACCUGCGUGUCUCCAAGGCCCGUACCUGGUUGAAGGAGUAUCUGGAGCCGGUCUCAGUAGUUGUUGGGCUUCCUCUCAUCCUUCCCUGCAAUCCUCCUGUAGGUCCUCCAAAACCGGACACUUACUGGCUGAACAGCACCAUGGCACCAAUCCGUCAGGACCGUCGAGUAUCAAAGGCAGAGAAUGGAGAUCUGUACUUCUCCAGUAUUGUAGCAGAAGAUGCUCUUACAAACUAUGUGUGUGUCGCGCGCUUCCCCUUCACAAACACCAUCCAGCAGAAACCGCCCCUCAUCCUGCAGGUGCUCACAGCUCGAAUGGCAGCCCAUACUGCACCCAAGUUUCUGAAACCUAAAGGAACUGCCAGUACAACCAUUGCAUUGCUGGGGGAAGAGCUUGUUUUGGAGUGUUUUGCUGCUGGAGUUCCGACUCCCUCCAUCAAAUGGAUUAAAGAUUGGGAGGAGAUGUCCAUGACAGGAAAGAAGUUGGAGAACUUUAAUAAGACGCUAAGAAUAAAGAACGUCUCUAUGGAUGAUGUAGGAGACUACAUCUGCACCGCUUCAAACAGGAUGGGCAGCCUGGACCACGUCAUCACUGUCAGGGUCAAAUCGGUUCCGUUCUGGGUGGAGAAGCCUGAGAGUCUGGUUUUGUCUCGUGAUGACAGUGGUAGUAUAGUGUGUAGUGCUGAUGGAAUUCCUCGACCACAGAUACAGUGGCUGGUUAAUGGAGAGCCAAUCAGUGAUGCUCCUAAGAGUCCAGGCAGACAGGUUUCAGGAGACACUUUGACGUUCAGGGCUGUGGUUCCAGACAGCGCUGCUGUGUUCCAGUGCAAUGCUUCAAACCAGUAUGGCUAUAUCAUGGCAAACGCUUUCUUGGCUGUAAUGGAUAUGAAACCUCGCCUGUUAGGUCCCAGAGAUGAACUCAUUAAAACAACCGAAGGCAAUCAUACUCAUUUAGACUGCCCAUAUUUUGGCUCUCCAAAACCUGCCCUGCGUUGGUCAAAAGGAGGACUCGGUCCCUUAGAGGGAGGUCGUCAUAGGAUUCUUCCAAAUGGUACACUGGAAAUCAGAAAUACAAAGCUACAAGAUCAGGGAAGCUAUGUGUGUGUUGCAAGCAAUGUCAUUGGACGAGAUGAGAAGGAGGUCCAACUAGAGGUCAAAGAGCCCAUUAAAAUCAUCCGUGCCCCACACAAUACUGUUGUCAUAAGAGGAAGUCUGGCUCGCUUUGAUUGUAAGAUUAAAUUUGACCAAACUCUGGAUGUCACCGUUACUUGGCUUAAGGACAAGAAGUUCUUGAUCUUAGGAAGGAGGAUGACCAAGGAUGAGGAUUCUCUGAGCAUUGCUGAUGUGUACAGACGAGAUGAAGGCGUCUACACCUGCAGGGUUAAAAGUGAACUGGAAGAGGUCACUGCCUCAGCCAAACUCACUGUGAUGGAUCGUCCAGACCCACCCAGUGACCUAGAGAUAUCAGACCCAUCAGAGAGGAGCGUUAGACUCACCUGGGUACCAGGACUGAGCAACCACAGUCCUAUUAAAGAGUACCUGGUUCAGUAUACUGAAGAUCUCCUUGCAGACUAUUGGCUGCUGCCAAGUGGCUGGAAGAACCUGUCCAGCUACCCAGGAAGCCUGAACUCUGUCAUUUUACAGCUGACACCGUUUGUAGAGUACAGAUUCCGGGUCAUCGCUGUCAACGGUAUAGGUCCCAGUAAACCCAGCUGGCCAUCUGAAUACUACCAGACAGGAGGAGCUGUGCCUGAUGCCAUCCCAAGGAACAUCCAAGGAAUGGGAAGUGGAGUGUUCAGAAAUAACAUGGAGAUCAGCUGGGAGCCACUAGAGUACAGAGAAUGGAAUGGGCCGAAACUGGGCUACAUGGUUUGGUGGAGACGAAGGGAUUCAAGGGAAGAGUGGAAAAACUACACAACAUACUGGUGGUGUAGCUACAUCAUCUAUGACACUGACACCUUCACACCCUAUGAGAUUAAAGUUCAGGCCGUCAACUUCUUCGGCUAUGGCCCAGAAUCCCCUGUUGUGAUUGGCUACUCUGGGGAGGACCGUCCUGUUGCUGCUCCAUCUGACCUGGGAGUGUCAGACAUUGAGAGCUCAACGCUGACAGUCCACUGGGAACCAGUGGCACGAGCUGACAUCAUGGGUGAAAUAAAGGAGUACAAAGUUUAUUAUUGGAGAGAGAGCAGUCGCCUGCCCUGGCACACUGUGAGCAGGAGGAUUAAGACCAAGAGUUUCAAAGCUAAUGGACCUCGUCUGUCUGGGACCCUAACCGGUCUUGUACCAUAUAGUAACUACAAGAUGUAUAUUGUAGUAGCCAAUAAUCGCUUUGAGGGUCCGCCCAGCAACACCAUUGAGUUUCAGACACCUGAAGGAGUGCCCUCGAUUCCCAGAUCAUUCAGAAUCAUGCACCGGCACUAUGACACCAUUUACCUGGACUGGGAAGAACCUGCAGAACCCAAUGGCAUUCUGACCGGAUAUAUCCUCAAAUAUCAGUCAUUGAACGUCUCUCUGGGUGACAGAAUCCAGGUUGAAUACAUUCCUCCGAACAUCACCUACUUCUCCCUGCGGCGAUCUGACCGUUACACGCGAUACAAGUUCUCACUGGCAGCACAAACCGAGGCUGGAGUCGGGGAGGCCUUCACAGAGGAAUCACCCCAUUUUACAACUGAGGAAUAUACCCGGGAUCAAGUGGACAUUGUGACGCAGGGUUGGUUCAUUGGCUUAAUGUGUGCAGUCGCUCUCCUUGUUCUUAUCAUGCUCAUAGUCUUUUUCAUCAAGAGGAGCCGAGGAGGAAAGUACCCAGUGCGGGACAAGAGGGACUUUGCAUUGGAGCAACUGGAUGAUAGAGAGAAUGGAACGUUUGAUUACAGGUCUCUUGAGAGGAUAACACGAGUGUCCACAAUGCCCUAUACCAGGCGUGAGGAAGAAAGUCGACAGGGACGCAGUCAAGCUGCGAUUGAGCACAUCGGCAGGAGAACGAACAGUGACGACAGCCUCAUGGAGUACGGUGAGGGUGAAGAGAUCGAGUUUAACGAGGAUGGCUCUUUCAUCGGCGAGUACACGGGCGUCAGUAAGAGGAACAUGGACAGGAGCCCGUACCAGGACAGCUCUGAGCCCACGUCUCCUGUGGCCAUCUACUCUUUUGCUUAGAGCUCAUGGUGGGAUGCCUACAGUGUCCAACUGAAUUAACUUUACACACACCUCAAAACACACAACACAAGAUUAUGAUCCGUUUAAUCUGUCGGACAGGCUGCAGAUGAGUAGUGCAUAUAGAGGUGUGAUUUAAAGCUGUUUCUGGUGAUUUACAGUUAAAGUAGCAAUCAGUGUUUUUCAAAUCCACAAAUCAUGUGCGAGGAAGCCAAGCGAAGAUGCCUUGAUGUGUUUAUCAUGUUGAUAAGAAGACUGAAAGAAAACGGCUGAUGGAAGCUUGAUUCACUGAACACAUAACAUUCAGGAUCAUUUCACACAGAUUUAAUUACACAGAUGUAUGAAGAGAUGUUGAGCAUCAAGAACGCCCAUAGGGCUUUACUGUUUAACCAGUUUUUGAUCUCACUGAUAUUUGCUACUAAUUCGUGUAUAUUUUAUUUUUCAAUAUAUUUGUGAAUUCGCUGUUCUGUAGGUCACAUUAAUGAACUACAAACCAUUUAUUCUUACACAAAAUACAAUCUAACCCUUCGCUGCUUAUUAUAGUGUGAAAUAUAUCGUUUUUUUGUAUAUAUUUUUGAGUCUGUUAAGAGUACUAUCAUAAGUGUAGUGCUUCAGCUAUUAAAAUGCAUCAAGAG